AUGAUCUCUGAGAAAUACGAGAUCAACAUGUGGCACAAAUAUGCACGACAAUAUGAGCUGGAUCAGGCCAAUCCUUUCAACAAUGAGCUAGACAUCAUUGCCAUGUACGAGCUCACCCGCAUUCUCGACAACCAGUCAUUCAAUCGGUACAUUUUCAAAAUCUUAAACGCCAACCUAGGAAGCUUCGCCUACGAAGGGAUCAUUCACGGCGCCCACGCCCUCUUGCUGUGCAAGCUAGGAUACAAAAUAUUCAAUGAAUGGCAGGACAUACGCCUUCAGGUCCGGCCCAAGACGACGGAGCGAGAAGAGACUCCCCGUGCCAUUGUCACGACGCGCUAUGCCAAGGCGCAGGCGAAGCGAUCGAGGCUCAGUAUCCGCUUCUACAAGGCCAUCAGCGAGGACGCGCGUGUCCUCUACACGACCGACGGUGUCCUGCUACAGGAAUUGACGUCCGACGAGCAAUUGAGCAAGUACAGUUGCAUCAUCAUCGGCGGGGCACACGAGCGCAGCUUGGCCACCAAGGAGUUCUCCGAUACGGGAAGCCUAUCAUAUGAUGAACGAAUUUGCCACUCAGAACAAUAA